CCCAGCAUUUGAAGCUUGAAGACAUAUUAUAUAGACUGUAUAGGUCUAGAAUCUAGAUUUAAUAUAAUAUAGACUGGACUGUAUUAGUAUUAGAUAUUAUAUUUACUGACCCCGGAACAAAUAGAAAAUCUAGAUCAAAUACUGAAACAGAUCCAUAUCAUGAUAUUGUACUAACGUGGCAACAUAUAGUAUCAUAUAGUCUCUACAGCUUGAUCAUGAUGCCAUCGACUUUGCUGAAAAUGCCCGUGUUUAAUAUCUGCAUCAUGACUUUCGUCUUUCUACUCCUUGUUCCUUGUUAUUUGGAUGCUCAAAAAAAUAAAAAUAGAAAGUCUCUAAUUAUCAGAAUAGAUGAUGUGAAGGAAUUUAAAAAAGUGUUGCGAACAAAAACCAACUUACUUGUAAUAUGUUCUCAAUCUGAAAAAGCAACUGCUAAAGUGUCUCACAUUUUUGAAGAAGUGGCUGAAGAAAUGAAGGGGAAAGCAACACUGGCCUACAUUAACUGUGGGGAUGACAAGAAAGUAUGUAAACAGCUUAAAGUUACUCCAACUACUUUUGAUUUGCGGCAUUAUAAAGAUGGAGAAUAUAACAAAGAUUAUGACAGAAAACUUGCAGUAAAGUCAAUGGUGAACUUCUUAUUAGAUCCAACUGGGGAUUUACCUUGGGAGGAAGAUCCAACAGCUGUUGAUGUAGUUCACAUAACUUCAGAAGAUAGUUUCUCAAAAUUGUUGAAAAAAGACAAAAAUCCUCUCCUAGUUAUGUUUUAUGCACCUUGGUGUGGUUAUUGUAAACGGUUAAAACCAGAAUUUGCAGCUGCAGCUAGUGAAGUAAAGAAUGAUGCAACACUUGUAGGUAUUGAUGUUGACAAGCCACAUAUGAUGCAUUUAAGACUUCAGUAUAACAUCACUGGAUUUCCAACACUAUAUUAUUUUGAAAAUGGUCACUUGAAAUUCAAGUAUGGUGGAGAGAACAACAAAGCAGGAAUAAUUUCAUGGUUACGAAAUCCACAAGAAAGUAAAGAAAAAGAAACAGAAGUCGAAUGGGCUGAUGAGAAUUCAAAUGUUUUUCAUCUAACAGAUUUAACUUUUAAUGAGUUUAUCAAGCAGAAUCCAUCUGUAUUAGUCAUGUUUUAUGCCCCUUGGUGUGGUCAUUGCAAACAGAUGAAGCCAGGUUACACAGAAGCUGCACAAUUUUUAAAAGAUGAAGAGAUUCCAGGUGUUUUAGCAGCUGUUGAUGCUACCAAAGAGAAAAAAAUAGCUUUAGAGAAUAACAUAAAAGGAUUUCCUACUAUUAGAUAUUUUAGGAAUGGAGAGUUUGCUUUUGAAGUCAAUGAAAGAGACAAAGACAAAAUUAUUGAGUUUAUGAAAGAUCCUAAAGAGCCACCACCACCACCUCCACAAGAAAUGAAAUGGGAAGAGAUAGAAAGUGAUAUUGUUCAUCUUACUGAUGAUACUUUUAAACAGUUUUUGAAAAAGAAAAAGCAUUGCCUUGUUAUGUUCUAUGCACCAUGGUGUGGUCACUGUAAAAAGUCUAAACCAGAAUAUAUGGCAGCAGCGACUGUCUAUAAGGAAGACCCUAAAGUUGCUUUUGCUGCUGUUGAUUGUACAGUUCAUACUGGAACAUGCAAUUCCCAUGAUGUUAAGGGUUAUCCAACUUUCAAAUAUUUUAAUUAUGGAAAAAAUGCGCAGAAGUACAUGGGUGGAAGAGAGAAAAAUGAUUUUAUUACCUUCAUGAAGGACCCUCAGAAUGCUGCUGCUUCUUCUUCAAAUAGUUUACCUGUAGAAACUUUAGAAAAUCAGUGGAAAUUUUUAAAUGGUUAUCAAAGCCUUCAAUUUUUAACUUCCACUAACUUUGAUUCAGUCAUAGCAGAGAAUGUGCAAACUUUGGUCAUGUUUUAUGCACCUUGGUGUGGACAUUGUAAACAAAUGAAACCAGACUUUGCAGAAGCUGCAGAAAUAGUGAAAAAAGAAGGACUUGGUACUUUAGGUGUAGUGGAUGCAACCAUAGAAAAAGAAUUGGCUGAUAAAUUUAAUAUAAAAGGAUUUCCAACACUCAAAUUGUUCACUGAUGGUCAUGAGAUAGAGUAUUCAAGUGGUAGAGCAAAGGAAGAUCUUGUUCAGUAUAUGAUUCAAUCCUUAUAUGGAGAAGAGGCAGCAGAAUCUUUAAUUUCAAAGAAAAAUUCAUCUAAAAAUGAAGAAAAACAUUUUCUCCCAUCUCACUAUGUGCACAAAUUAACCACAGAGAUUUACAAGCAGUUUAUCAAAGAGAAGGCUGCAGUAUUUGUGAUGUUCUACAAGCCUGACUUGGUUUUGUGUCAGACAGUUAAACCCCACUUUUUAAAAGCCGCCAAAACACCUUAUGCACACAAUAAUUAUUUUGCUGCUGUUGACUGUACACAAGAAGAAGCUUUAUGUUCCAUGGAAAACAUUUUGACUUACCCAUCUUUCUAUCUAUACUUUGAUGGAACUUUACAUAAAAAGUUCAUUGGGGCACAUCAUUAUGCAACCAUGGUUAAUUUUAUUAAUUUUGAACAAAAAUCAACUUCAAAGGGAACUCUUGAGAAUAUCAGAAAGGAUAGGGAAGAUCUAUAACAUUAACUUAGGGAAAAUCUACAAAAUAGAGAAAACCUAUAAAUAGAGCAUGUCUUUAAUAUUGGACAAUAGAGAAAUCUAUUAUAUAUUACAUAUUUGGAAAUACCUACAUACAUUAACGCAGCUGCUUUCAAUUAAUUCAAAAUUUGGUACAAAAUGAUAGGAAUACCAUUAUUUUAUUUUUUUACUUUUGUGUUAUAAGAGCUCAGAACCAGAAGGUACACUUAUUUAAAUCAUUUUUAGUAUUAAAAAAAAUAAGUGCAUAGGUCUUUUUUUUUUCAAGUGCCAACACCAUGGUGUAUGUCUAUAACCAUAUGUCUAUAACCAUAGAAAUUAAGAGUUCAUGUGUAAAACCUUUUUUCUAUUUUUAAUGAGUUUUUUUUGUUUAUGUUUGCAGAGUAUUAAAACAAUUUUUUUUUAUUUGCAUUGGAGUUAAACAUGACUUUUAAAAAACUGAAAAUAGGGGAAAAUUUCUAAAUAAUUGCCAGGGAAUAACAAAAAAAUCACAUUACUAGUGAAGAUUUUUAGGAAGCAGCAAUCACUCAACUAGGGAAGAUUUGUUAGGAAGCAGCAAUCACUCAACUAGGGAAGAUUUGUUAGGAAGCAGCAAUCACUCAAAUAGGGAAGAUUUAUUAGGAAGAAACAAUAAUCACUCAACUAGUGAAAAUAUAAAGCAUCACAUAUAAAAAAUUGUAAUAUUUGUAUGAAUAGCUUGCAUUUUAUUGAACCAGUUUUUACUUAUCAUUGAAAGUUUGGAGUGAAUGUUUAUAUUGAUAAAUUGGGAGGGUCAAUCAUUUUUUUAUCAUAUACUGAAUUAUGUUUAGAAAAAUAAAUCAAUAUUUUUUUCAUA